AUGUUACUAUCAAACUUAGUGAUAUUCCUAUCGCUACUCAUAGCAUCAGUGCGAGGCGACACCAGCUACACUCCAGAUAUAACAACUGUCACCAGCGACCAUGUCGCUAGGGAAAUUAGAUACUUUGAUGAUUCGUCAAACGUACUUUUACUUCGUCAAACAACACUUUCGAUAAGUUUUGAUGAUGGUAAGCUGUUUGAAAAAGUGAAAACUAUAUCUGAGCCCGUUGUGUAUUUCCAGAUGGAUCCAUUUAACCGGAAUCGUGCCUUUGCCUUCACCUUGUCUGAGAAUCAAUACGUUACCGAAGAUAAAGGUCGGAAUUGGAGAAAGUUUAAAGCUGACCUUCAUAUUGAUGAAAACUCAAACUCAUUCCCUCAAAUUUCAUUCAAUGUUGCUAACCCUGAUUAUUUGAUGAUUUCAAGCUACAAGUGUCCUCCUCAGGAACCUUUUACUUUUAGAUGUAAGCAAACUUAUUAUUAUACUAAGGACGGCUUCAAAUCUGUUAAGAAGCUCCCACUUGAUGGUGCUCAUAUUUGUAAGUUUGUUAAAUCCACAAAGACGUUUAAAGCAGAUAAGGAUGAAACUAUCUUGUGUAUUACUAAUGAUAUAAACUCCUUUGGUCAUGUUGUUGCGUCACAUUUAUACAAAUCAGACAACUUCUUUAGUGAUAAGCAAGAGAUAACCCUUGGCAAACAAUCCGAUUCGGGGAUUAUUAUUGAUAUUAAAGUUGAAGAAACUUUCAUCAUUGCCAUUGUCAACUUAGAUAAGUUCAAUGAAAAAUCACGAGUUCAUUUGUAUAUUUCUAAAGAUGGACAAACUUUUGCUAAAGCAGAUUUAGAGAUUGAUGUCAAAUAUGGUGUUAUGUCGUUCUUACCUUCGUCCGCAUCAUCCCUUUUCUUUCAAAUUUUACAAUAUUCAAAUGACAAGUUCCAAGCUUCAAAGUUGUAUUCCUCCGAUUCAUUUGGUUUGCAUUAUACUACUGAUUUGGAACAAAUCGCCGGUGGAAACAUUCAGAAGGUUGAAAACAUCGAUGGAGCGUGGAUUGCAAACGUUGGUGUUGACAAGAGUGACAACAAUGACGAUGAAUCACUGGGUAAAUCUGUUUUAGAUUACCUUGUCGGUGGAAUAUUCUCAAAGAAUAUAAUUACCAAAUACUCAUUUAAUGAUGGUCGUGAAUGGAACCUUUUAAAGUCCACUAAUGAAGACUGUAAAAUCAGUUCCGGGUGUUCUGUACAUCUUUGGGAAUACUCUGAGCUUGACGGUGAAGGAAAAUUCGUUACUGGCCCAACCCCGGGUAUAUUAAUGGGGGUUGGUAACACCGGUAGUCAUUUAAACAAGGAUUUCCUGAAAUUAAGAACAUUUGUAUCUCGUGAUGGUGGUGCUUCUUGGACUCAAGUUCUUGAUUUCCCUACAAUUUUUUCGUUUGGGGAUCAAGGAAACGUUAUUGUUGCUAUUCCUUUCGGAGGUAAAGGCAGAAUGAAACCUAGUGACAAAGUUUACUAUUCGUUAGAUCAAGGUAAGUCAUGGAACAACGUUGAUUUGAAAAAUCCAAUUUACCCAUUGGCUGUAUUGACUACUAUUGAUGGUACCUCCCGUAAUUUCCUUCUUGCUGGUGCUACCUCCGAGCGUACUGAAGUAAUUUAUACUCUUGAUUUUACAAAAGCAUAUGAUGGGGUUACUUGUAAAGAUGAUGCAUAUGAAGAAUAUUAUGCCAGAAGCAUUGCCGAUAAUCCUCCAUUGUGUAUUUAUGGACACCGAGAAAAGUUUAGAAGAAGAAAACAAGAUCAAGCAUGUUUUGUCAACAAAUUGUUUGAAGAUGUUAAAGUUAUCGAUGAACCUUGUCCAUGCAUUGACUUGGAUUUUGAAUGUGCUCUUGGUUUUAAACUGUCUCCAAAGGAUCAGCAUAUUUGUAUUCCUGAUCCUGCUCAACUUGCCAAUAUGUGCAAAGGUCAGAAAGAACUCAAGCUUGAAGACAAAGUAUUGAUUGAUGGUGACAAGUGUGAUUUAGGUAAGAAAAAGCUCUCUGAUUUCAUAGUUAAAGAAACCAUUGAUUGUACAAAGUACAAUAAUGAUAAGGAAAAGCCAGGAAAUACACAUGAUAUUGUGGUCAAUGUCAAUGAAAUUGAAGGUGAACUUGUUCAGUACGCUUAUAUUGAUGAAUCCAAACAGUUUGGUGCUGAUAAUAUCGUAUUGAAGUCAAGUGACAAUCACGUAUAUGUGUCAAAUAGUGGAGGAGUUUCGUUUGUUAGAGUACCUAUUCCAGAUAAGAUUGUUGCAUUCUACACGGGUCCUAUUCCUGGACAAGUUAUUCUCAUUACCGAAUCUAAAUUAAUUUAUGUUUCUCGUGAUGGGGGGGCCACAUUUAUUAAACAACAAGCUCCAACACCUCCACAUCCAUUGGUUCCACGAGCUGUUGCUUUCCAUACUUCAAAUCCUGACAAAUUUAUUUGGUUUGGUGGAGAUUGUGAACUGCAAAGUGAUUGUCCUGUCACUGCAUAUAUUACUGACAAUUCAGGACUGGAUUUCUUUAAAGUGCCAUUGAAAAAUGUCCAAACGUGUGAUUUUGUCGGUGCAGUAUUUGAAAAUCCAGUUGAAGACUUACUUUUCUGUGCAAGCAGAGAUGGUGAUAAUAAAUUGAAAUUAGUUUCCUUAACUGCUGGUUCAAAUGAAGAGCCUAAAGUGUUGUACCCUCAUAUUGUUGGUUAUGCCAUUACUGGUAACUAUGUUGUGGUUGCUACUGUCAACCAAAAAGAUGAUAAGAGGACCACUCUUGAAGCAAAGGUCACAGUCGACGGGAAAGUCUUUGCUGAUGCUGAUUUCCCUCAUGAUUUCCAACUUGAUUCUCAACAAGCUUACACAAUUCUUGAUUCUAAAACCAAAGCGAUUUUCUUGCACAUGACUACAAGCCUUGAACCUAAUUUUGAAUAUGGUGCUAUUCUUAAAUCUAAUUCAAACGGUACUUCAUAUGCUCUUGUUUUGGAUGCAGUUAAUAGAAACCGUGAAGGAUAUGUAGAUUAUGAUAGGAUCGACGAUGGCUUAGAAGGAGUGAUUAUCAGUAAUAUUGUAGCCAAUCCCGGGGCUAAGAAUAGCAAGAAACAGAUACAAACUAUGAUCACACAUAAUGAUGGUGGUGAAUGGAAUUUCUUGUUGCCACCAGCUGUUGACUCAAAGAAUCAAAAAUACAAAUGUCAAGGAAGUAAAUGUCAUUUGCACCUUCAUGGAUUCACAGAACGGGCAGAUUACAGAGACACAUACUCUUCAGGAUCGGCAACUGGAUUCUUGAUUGGUGCUGGAAAUGUGGGUGAAUAUUUGGAAGAUUAUGAUAAAUCAUCUACUUUUAUGAGUAAAGAUGGAGGUGUAACCUGGAAGGAAAUAAAACAAGGAAAUUACAUGUGGGAAUAUGGAGACCAUGGAACCAUUUUAGUAUUGGUCAGCAACUACGAAGAAACCAAUACCUUGUUGUACUCCUUAGAUGAAGGUGAAUCGUGGAUUGAAUAUAAGUUUGCCGAUAGUAAAGUCAGAGUGCUUGAUUUGGCCACUGUUCCAACUGAUACCUCGAGAAAGUUUGUAAUUUUUGCUAAAGAUGGAGAUCAAAGAAAGACACUAGCAUACUCGAUAGAUUUCACAAAUAUUCAUCCUCGUCAAUGUCAAUUGGACCUUGAUCAUCCAGACAAGGAUGAUUAUGAAUAUUGGUCACCUAUGAACCCAAGUAGCCUUGAUGUUGAAGAACCUAAAUGUUUGUUUGGACAUGAAGCCAAAUAUUUACGUCGUGCCAAAGGUCAUUAUGAUUGUUUUAUUGGAAGUGCACCAGUAAAGGAUGGUUUCAAAGUUAUUAGAAAUUGUUCCUGUACCCGUCGUGAUUAUGAAUGUGAUUACAACUACUACAGGGAUACUGAUAACACGUGUAAAUUGGUUAAGGGGUUAACUCCAGAAGAUAAGAAAAAGGAAAUGUGUGAGAAACCAGGAGCAUUUGAAUAUUUUGUAUCUACUGGAUAUAGAAAAAUUCCAUUAACUACCUGUGAAGGUGGGAAACAAUUUGAUAGCUGGAAUCCACUUCCAUGUCCAGGCAAGCAAAAGGAAUUCAACCAUCAUUAUGGAACUGAAGUUACUGGUCAUAAGCUUUUCUUGCUUUUGUUUGUUCCUCUUGUGAUUUUCCUCGGUGCAUUUUGGUUUGUUUAUGAUCGUGGUAUCCGUAGAAAUGGAGGUUUUAAAAGGUUGGGACAAAUCAGAUUGGAUGAUGACGAAAAUGGAUUUGAUCCAAUUGAGAACAAUCAAGUGGAUGUAAUUGUUAAUCGUGUUGUCAAGGGUGGUAUAUUUGCAGUAGCUAUUACUGUAGCUACAUUCAAGACUAUUAUCAAAAUUGAUAAGAUGAUAUUUGAGAGAAUGACACUGGUGUUCUUAGGUCGUGCUCCAGGAAGAAGAAAUUAUGUCAAUGUGCCAGAUGAAUUUGAAGAUGAAGAAGCUGCAUUGUUUGGGGACUAUGAUGAUGAUGAAGAAGAAUUACAAGAUGACACCAGGUUGAGUGAACAAACCUUUAGGGAUGAUGAUAUUGUUGAUAUUGAACAACAUGAUCAACAGGAACAAGUACCUGCAGAUGAAAGACUUUUUGAUAUUGAAUCAGAAGACGAUCUUCCUAUAGUAACUCCUGAGGAGUAG